AUGAAUGGCCCGUCGCAAUCUCUGUCCAAAACUCUGAAACGCCUUCUCCCAACUACUUCUGGACAAUGUGAGUCAAUCUUACACCACUGCACCACCGCCAAAUCCCUGCCAACCACCAAGAAACUCCACGCCCAUGUUAUAACAUUAGGCCUACUAUCCAACCGUACCCACUUUCUCUCUUUGCUGAUAUCGGCGUACGCAAUAUGCGGCCAGGUGAAUUACGCCUGCAAACUGUUUGAUGAAUUGUCUGAUCGAACCUUGCUUUCGUACAAGGCCAUGAUAAGAAUGUAUACUGAAAAUGGGUAUCCUCAUGGGGCGCUUAAACUGUUUGUGGAAAUUCUCGAGUCUUGUAGGCAUUAUCCGGAUAAGUAUACGUACCCAUUUGUUAUUCGAGCUUGUGGGGAUUUGGUGUUGCUUGAUUUGGGUGUUUUGGUUCAUGGGUUGACCGUUAAAACGUGUACGAAUUUGCCUGAUUUGAGGCUUGGUAGAUGUUUGCACGGUUGGGCAAUCAGGCAAAAACUUGAAUGUGAUGUUAAUGUUGAAACUGCACUGAUCGACCUUUAUGCAAAAUGUAAUUGUGUUAAACUUAGUUUCAGUGUUUUCUCCAGGACAUCUAAAAAGAGAACUGUACCAUGGAAUGCAGUUCUCUCCGGGUGUGUUCAUAACAAGCUUGCAAGAGAAUCUUUAGAACUUUUCAAACAAAUGCUGUUGGAGGAAAUUAAGCCCGAUGAUGCAACCUGGAAAAGUCUCCUUCCUGCGUAUGCCAUGGUAGCAGACCUGCAGCAGACGUUGAAUAUACAUGGUUACCUGAUAAGAGCAGGGUUUAUUUCCAAGACUGACAUCGCCACUGGUUUGGUUGAUAUAUACUCGAAUUUACCUGGAGAGAGGGAUACCCGAUAUUUCUGGAUUACUAGGGACUCGUACUGCUGUAAGGACUUGCCUAAAUUUCUGGUUUUGCUGCAUCAACUUGCUGGUUUUUGGUUCCAGUGGGUGACUGCACAAUCUCGCGGGACCAGUUAUGGAUUCUGCUAUGCUGGUAUUGCCACAUCUUGGAGUAGUAAUCCACCUAUAACUGCCGCACCAAGGAAGUUAUGGAACAGAAGAUGGAAGUAUCAUAGAUUUUGCUAG